UCGAGGUCUAGCUAGCCCUUGUGAUCGCAUUGGGGCAAGUCUCCGGCAGUGAGCUUCCUGCCAUCUUGUUAAUUCGAGGACCCAAGCUUGGCCCCGGACUUUGUAGUUGGUUACCUCCCCUGGAGGUCACAAGGGCGAGAGAAAAAAAAAACUUGACAUGAACAGGACGUAAGGUGCCGUCGCUGUUUAUUAUAUCACGACCACUCUCUAAUCGCAUCCUCACCUUCUUCUACAUCCCCCUUCACCAAGACACAACCCAGCUCGAUAUUUCCCAAAAAUGCAUAUUCCACGCGAGUCUGAGGAAGGUGGCCAACCAUCACCUUUCGCCUCCCAGGGAAACUCUGCCGGUCACAUGGAAACCACAUCCAGUGGUGAGGAGAACAAGGAACUCAACAAUCACCAUCAAGGCGACACAGACACCAUCUCUCCCGCCCCAGCGUCUGGCACGGACAACAGAGUCGAGCCCGAAGGACCCUUCGUAUCUACAUCGAACGAUACAGCUAGCAAAAGCGAGGUCGUUAGAACCUCCUCCAGGGGCCCGCACUCCAACGUUGACGCCGCAGACGCGUCCACCGUCGAUACCUACCGGCCCGAUCCCUACGACUUCGGUCGGCACCGCCGUGAUAAUGUCUCCAAGAAGCAAAUGGGCAUCGAUCAUCCCAAGGGCAACAAGAGGAAGCUGAAGAAGUUCUAUAACCGACAGAAUGAGCUCAUUGACCAAUUUCUUGGGGCCGAGGACGAGGAGAGACAGCAGAUUGCUGAAGAUGCGCGAGUAGCCCCUAAAAUUAAAUUCGCCGUCAACGCCUCCUUCACUGUCAAUUUCUGCCUGUUCGUCAUCCAGCUUUAUGCUGCCGUCUCGACCGGGUCUCUAUCGCUUUUCGCUACUGCAGCCGACGCUUUCAUGGACCUAGUCUCCUCCUUUGUCAUGCUAAUCACCUCACGGAUGGCGGCCAGGCCUAGUAUAUACAAGUACCCUGUGGGACGAACCAGGAUAGAGACGAUUGGCAUCAUCUUGUUCUGUGCACUGAUGACCACCGUCGCUAUUCAGCUUUUGGUUGAGUCAGGCCGCGCACUCGGCGAGGGUCAACGCACCUCUGAGCAGUUGCACAUCGUUCCCAUCGUUAUCGUCGGUGUAGCCAUCUUUGCCAAGGGCUCCUUGAUGGUAUACUGUUUUGCUUACCGAAAAUAUCCCUCGGUGCACGUCUUCUUUAUCGACCACCGCAACGACAUUAUUGUCAAUAGCUUUGGACUCAUCAUGUCCGUCGUCGGAGACCGAUUUGUGUGGUAUCUGGACCCUAUCGGUGCCAUUUGCAUCGCACUUCUUAUCCUAUUCUCCUGGGUUUCGAAUGCAUUUGACCAGGUUUGGCUUCUGGUUGGCAAGUCAGCACCAAGGGACUUUGUCUCCAAGCUCAUUUACAUGUCAAUGACUCACGAUACUCGCAUUCUGAAGGUCGACACGUGCCGAGCGUAUCAUGCUGGGCAGAAAUAUUAUGUUGAGAUUGAUAUCGUCAUGGACGAGUCCACCCCCCUGAAAAUAUCCCAUGACGUUGCACAGGAAUUACAGCGAAAGGUUGAAGGCCUGGGAGAUGUCGAGAGAGCUUUCGUCCACGUCGACUACUCAGAAGCGCAUGACCCUCAUGAGGAGCACAAGCCAUUGUACGAGAGGCAGCAAAAGAAGACCAAGAGAACGCUAAAAGACAUCCUUUUACGAACGAAGAAGGACACAGCUCAAGUAACUGAGACCGAGAUUUAGCAUGGCCGGAACUAAGCAGAAUGGGAAGGACGGAUAGACAUGGAGGAGGGGCAGCGAGCGCAGGUAAUAAAAGGCAGAGAAAAUAUAAGAGGGGCCGGGGACCGGGGGCAAGGUACUUGGCAUUCGGGCCAAUAUUGUAUAAUCUGUUUUAUCAAUCUCCAUGAAAUUGUCAAAAGAGCUACCCAGCCAUUGUACACCA